UCCUCCGUCCGUUCCUGAAUAUGACGUGACGUGUAAAGUUUAGUGCGGUUUUUUUAGCACCGAUGUAUAAAGUUAGGCUCUUAAUCCUGUUUUUCACUUUUUCUUCAUUUCUUUUUUUUCUUUCUUUCCGCCGCCUGUCCUUUUUCUUUCAUUUUCCCAAGUACCAUGACUGUAGAUGAAUCGCAAGUUGAACAAAAUAUCGAAAUUUGGAAGAUGAAGAGACUCAUCAAGAGUCUUGAAGCCGCUCGAGGAAAUGGCACUUCAAUGAUUUCUUUGGUGAUUCCGCCUAAAUCGCAGAUAUCCCAAUCCACCAAAAUGCUUGCGGAAGAAUAUGGUACAGCAAGCAACAUCAAAUCUCGUGUGAAUCGACUGUCAGUACAGAGUGCCAUCACAUCCACCCAACAACGUCUCAAAUUGUAUAACCGAGUACCUCGCAAUGGUUUGGUGGUAUACUGCGGUACAAUUAUUACGGAUGAGGGCAAAGAAAAAAAGGUGAACAUUGAUUUCGAACCUCACAAACCAAUCAAUACGUCAUUGUACUUGUGUGAUAACAAAUUUCACACUGAAGCCUUGUCGGACUUGUUGGAAGCCGAUGCCAAGUUUGGCUUUAUCGUGAUGGAUGGUAAUGGUACGCUUUUUGGUACCUUGGCCGGUAAUACUCGCGAUGUCGUACACAAAUUCCAGGUGGAUCUGCCCAAAAAGCACGGUCGUGGUGGUCAAUCAGCCCUACGUUUCUCCCGUCUCCGUGAUGAAAAACGUCACAAUUACGUUCGAAAAGUCGCAGAAUUGGCCACUCAAUUUUUCAUCACUAAUGACAAGGUGAAUGUGUCUGGACUUGUGUUGGCUGGUUCCGCGGACUUCAAAACCGAAUUAUCUCAAUCGGAAUUGUUCGAUCCUCGUCUGCAGAGCAAGGUCGUUAAAGUGGUCGAUGUAUCUUAUGGUGGCGAGAAUGGGUUCAAUCAAGCCAUUGAACUGUCGGCAGAAUCCUUGUCCAAUGUCAAGUUUGUCCAGGAAAAGAAGUUAAUUCAGCGUUACUUUGAUGAAAUAUCCCAAGAUACCGGCAAAUUCUGUUACGGGAUUGACGACACCCUCAAGGCACUUGAACUGGGCGCAGUGGAACGUCUUAUCGUUUGGGAGAAUCUGGAUUUAACACGUUAUGUACUACGAGACAGCGAGAACAAUGAAAAGCUGAUCCAUGCUACCAAAGCAGAUGAGCAGUCUCGCGACAUCUUCAAGGACCCAACUUCUCCUACGGCAGCCGAAAUGGAAGUGGCCAAUUCGCAGCCUGUCCUUGAAUGGUUCACUGAAAGCUACAAGGACUUUGGCGCUUCGUUGGAAUUCGUGACCAAUCGAUCUCAGGAAGGUUCUCAAUUCGUGAAAGGCUUCGGUGGUGUAGGUGGUUUAUUGCGCUACAAGGUCAACUUUGACCAACUGGCUUACGAUACAGAUGACGAAUUCUUUUCGGACUCGGACUGAUCCACCUUCACCCGCUAAUGCCAGUCUUCUCGAUCGGCGGCUCACCAUGGGCAGCUUUCUCUCUUCCGCUUUC